AUGCGAGUCUUGCAUGGCCCUGCAGCACCGCUCGCAGGUCCUGCACGGCUCUGCAGCACCAGCUGUGGGUCCUGCACUGCCCUGCAGCGCUGUCUGCAGGUCCUGCAUGGCCCACAGCACCGGGUGCAAGUGCUUCAUGGCCCUGCAGCGCUGUUUGCAGGUCUUGUGUGGCCCUGCAGUGCUGGGUGCUGGUCCUGCAUGGCCCCGCAGCGCUGGGUGCUAGUGCUGCACAGUCCUGCAGCACCGUUUGCAAGUCCUGCAUGGCCUUGCAGCGCCGGGUGCAAGCGCUACACGGCCCUGCAGCACCAGGUGCAAAUCCUGCACAGCCGUGCAGCACCCUUGGUGAGCCUUGUAGGGCCCUGCAGCACCGUUUGCGGGCCCUGCACGACCCUGCAGCGCCGGCUGGGAGCCUGGCGCGGCCCUGCAGCAGGGUUUGGGGGGUCCCGGCGGGCCCCGCCACGCCGCACUGGCCUGGCGCAGCGCCGCAGCGCUUCCCUGGGACCCUCUCAGCCCCGCGGCGCCUUUCACGGGCCAGGUCCCAGCCGGCUCUGCAGCACGGUGUGCCGGCCUGGUGCGGCGUUGGCACGUCCCAGGCGGUUCCUGCACCUGCCCCGGGCGCCCGCAGCUGGGACGCCCAGGCCGGUGCCGGAGCCGGUGCCGGAGCCGGUGCCAGCGGGAAGCAGGUUCCCGUCGCGGCACAACUGGAAAGGCGCCAGGGCGGCGCCGGGCUCGGCUCGGUGGUGCCGGGGGCACGUCGGCAGCUCCGCGGCAGCCGCCGGCGGUGGUGGGGACCGUGGGGACGCCUGGGGAAAGAGUUCAGUUUUUAACGUACCCGACUCACAUCUUUUUUUAAAACAAACAGACAAAUUUUGUUGCACAGCCCUAGAUGAAACAGUAAAAACAAAAAAAAAAGCCUAAAUUCCUUAAGAUCCGCCGA